AGAAAGAGAGAAGAAAAAGCAAUUAAGGUAAAUAUUUAGAAGCCAUCCCCAAAGCACAGCAAAACGCUAACUCCUCUAACAUCCACUGUGGGCUCUCUGCCUGCAGCGCUAUCAAAAUUGCAUUUGAUCCUCAAUCAUGCAGUCCCUACUCUCCCCGGUGGCUCGCACCGGUCCCUUCCCGGCCACUGCCGCAGUUUAUUCAUCGGAUUUACACCUUAGCCGCUUCCAUCGCCGGCCCAUCUCUGUCCGCCACUCCUUCAAUUCCCUCCCUCCAUUUAGUGCCAUUCCAUCUUCUUCUUCUUCGUUGUUGCUUUUGAAGACUUUUGGUACUCUGAAGCAUAGUAGAGGACAGCUUUGCUCGGAAACACGCGCUUCUUCUAGUCCCAUUUCCCCGACUGUUUCCCCAAAUGAUGAGGCUGAAAAGGCAAAACUGGCUCAGGUGGCAAAGAGAUUAGAGAAGACAUCGAAGUAUUUCAAGAGGUUGGGUAGUCUCGGAUUUUGGGGACAGUUGGUGUGCACAAUUGUCGCUGCUGUUAUUCUCUCAUUCUCUGUUGUUAUCACUGGGAAAAUUACAUCACCGGCCACUUUUUAUGCUACUGCUGGUGGUAUUGUGGCAGCUUUCAUUUCUGUAUUUUGGUCAUUUGGAUACAUUCGGCUUUCUGACAAACUUCAACGGACUGCAAAUCAACCCUCCAAGGCUCCUCCUCGAGCCGAUGUUGUGAACAGCCUCAGAAAUGGAAUAGUAGUAAACCUGUUAGGCAUGGGUGCUGCCAUUCUGGGGAUGCAAGCAACGGUGGGAUUGUUAGUUGCUAAGGCUCUUACUUCCUCAGCAAUUCCAUAUUACCAGGCUGCCUCCCCUGGGAAUAGCCCUGUUCUUGCUUUGGAUGUAUUCCUAGUACAGGCUUCUGCAAACACUAUUCUCUCUCAUUUCCUGGGGCUCGUUUUCUCCUUAGAGCUACUCCGCUCAGUGACAUUACCUGCUACAGAUAGUAUUCCUAUACCUCGAAUGGCAUAACCUCCACCAUCACCCUUCUAGUGAGUUAAUACAGCAAUCAAUUCGACAUCAGAGGUGACACGAUGUGAAUAGCUUGCGAGUUUAGUAUCCAUUUUCAAGCGUGAUCAAAAGGCAUUUGAAUGUUUGUUUCGCUCAUCUCCUUGGGGUACUCUUGUAUGAGACAUUGAAUAGUUGCAGAGGUCCUUAAAGAUGUUUUGAUGCGGGUAGCUUAAAUGGAAGUUUAAUGUAUUGUAUUAGAAGACUAGAAGGCAGGCCAUUUCAAACUCUUCUAUUUAUCAAGUAUAGAUUCAAAUAUGGUUCUGUCUAUGAGUUUUAAAUCUCAUUCAUUUUACUAUGUACCUUUCUUUUCUUUCUUUAGUGAAAAAUAAUUACAUGAAUCUUUGGUGUUU